AUGCCAUCGUCCUCCAUUCAACCGCCCACACCUUUAAGCUUCAGUGGCGAUUUAGCAGCAAAUUGGAAACACUUCCACCAGGUAUGGACCAAUUAUGUGAUAAUUACUGGUCUGGAAAAGCAGACAGAAGAGUAUAGAGUAGCUCUAUUCUUGCAUUGUAUCAGUUCAGAGGCACUGAAAACGUUCAAUGGGUUCUCAUUUGAUGACGAAAGCGAUCGAAAGAAGCUAGACAAAGUGAUUGAGAAAUUUGAAGAAUACACAAUUGGACGGAUAAAUGAGACGUUCGAACGAUACAGGUUUAACAGUAGAAACCAAGAACCCUCAGAGGGAAUCGAUGCUUACGUUUCAGCUCUAAGAAAUCUCGCCAAAACCUGUAAUUUUGGAUCCCUGCAUGACUCGCUAGUCAGAGAUAGGAUUGUGUUUGGCAUACAAAGUAAACACAUGAGGCAAAAGUUGCUUCAGGAACACAAGCUGACAUUAAAGAAAUGCAUCGACAUUUGCCGCAGUAAUGAAGCCACAAGCUCACAAAUGAAAGAAAUUGCCUCUGGUAGUAAUUUAGAAGCAGUAAAUAAAGUUGAAGAUCCGACACGUGACAAAGGAAGGUCUUGGCGGCGUGAUCGGAAACGGAGGAAUGAUCGGAAUGAGCAAUCUCGAGAUAAUACAACACGCGUCACGAAAACGUGUCACUUCUGUGGAAACAAACAUAAGAUGAAUAAGAAGAAAUGUCCCGCGUGUGGAAAACAGUGCCAGAAAUGCAAUGGCAGGAAUCAUUUCGCAAGUGUCUGUAAAAAGGAUUGAAGAAUAAACCACGUCGUGGAAAACGAAACAGAUAUCGACAGUGAUGUGGAAUUCAUCACUAGCAUCUGCCUCGAAGAAGAAUACAUAUCUCAAGUUUCAGACAACGAAUACCCAAAGGAAAUUUAUGCAGAGAUGAUAAUAAAUGGCAGCUCACUAUCGUUUCAAGUCGACUGCGGAGCGUCAGUGAACAUUUUACCACUCAAAUAUGUCGGGGACUGUGCAAUUAAACCGUCAAAGAAGUCUCUGUGCAUGUGGAAUGGAACAAACAUCACUCCAGUCGGCUCGACACGUGUGAUCGUGCGUAAUCCGAAGAACCACGAGAGGUAUUCAAUUGAAUUCGUUGUCGUUCGUGAAACAUUCACCCCGCUUAUCGGAGCACGUGCGGCCCAACAAAUGAAGUUGAUCAAUAUAAACAACUCGAAUUUCAUAACAGCUUCUCCGACCAGGCCAUCUCAACCGGAAGUCCACCAGUUAACUUCUACUGAGAAGAUUUGUUCAGGAAUACGCAGAUAG